AUGGUUAUGGCACCUACUGCUUGUGGGCCUGCUGAACAAGUUUACAUACCUACAAAAUUUGGCCACGAUAAACACGACAAUCUCACUAGUCAGUGUUGUAACCAUGGCAGGGACGAUAUUUCGCAAUCCAGGUUGGCUGCCAAAGACCUGGUCCUGGAUGUCCUGAAGAAACGCGCGUCGGAGAUCGAUGUUGAUAACUGCGCACCUGGAGCGGAGGAUCCGUUUUAUGUGGCAGACAUGGGCGAGAUCUACCGUCAGCACCUGCGCUGGAAAAUGAACCUGGGCCGUGUCAAACCGUUCUAUGCGGUCAAGUGCAACCCCGAUCCCGAGAUCCUUCGUCUCAUGUCCAAGCUUGGAAAUGGCUUUGACUGCGCGUCUAAAUCAGAGAUCGACUUGGCUCUGGAAACCGGCGUCGAUCCCAGCCGCAUCAUCUACGCGCAACCCUGCAAGACCAAGUCGUAUCUGCGCUACGCGGCUCAAGUGGGCGUCAAACAGAUGACCUUCGAUAAUGCUGACGAGCUCUACAAGAUCAAGGCUCACUUUCCCGAUGCGGAACUCUACCUGCGCAUCCUGACCGACGACUCGACCAGCCUGUGCAGGCUCAGCAUGAAGUUCGGAGCUUCUUUGGAUGUCGCUCGGCAACUGCUCGAGUUGGCGCGUGAUCUGAAACUGAAGGUCGUUGGCGUCAGCUUUCACGUGGGAUCAGGUGCAGAGGAUCCCAAGGCCUUCGUCAAGGCCGUUCAGGACGCGAGAUGGGUUUUCGACCAGGCAGCGGAAGUGGGCCACGAACUCCACACAUUGGAUGUCGGUGGUGGCUUCUGCGAGAGCACCUUUGACAAAUUCUCCGGCGUUCUGAGCGAAGCUCUUGAUAGCUAUUUUCCAUUGCCCAUCCGCAUCAUUGCCGAGCCAGGUCGUUACUACGUUUCCAGCGCCUUUACCCUUGCGGCUAAUGUGAUCGCACGCCGUGAUGCACCGGAUCCGCUGGAUCCAUCCCGUGACGCGUACAUGCUAUAUCUCAACGAUGGUGUUUAUGGGAAUUUCUCGAACAUCAUCUUCGACCAUCAGCACCCGGUUGCUCGGAUCCUCACCUGUGCGAGCAGUUCUAGGGCGUCUUCUCCGAACACUUCCUCUUUGGACGGCAUUUGCUACUCCAUCUGGGGGCCAACCUGCGACGGUAUCGACGUCAUUUCGGAGCGCAUCACUCUGCCCGGUCUGCUCGAUGUCGGUGACUGGCUCUAUUUCGAGGACAUGGGCGCUUACUCCAAGUGCAGCGCUACCAGGUUCAACGGCUUCUCCGACAACCACGAGGUGAUCUAUAUCUCCAGCGAAGCCGGCGCUACCGCCCUCCUCGAUUAUUAG